AUGGCAAUCAAGCUGAAUUUCUUCGUCGCCUCUCUGAUUUUGCUUACAAAUUAUUUCACAGAGGUUUAUUCUGUAGUGGAAUUUACAAACAUACAGUGCGAAUCUCUGGAUAAGGACUUCGCCUUAUUUGAAUAUUGUUUCCUGAAAUCUGAAAACCGAACAUACAAAUACGUUUCCGUAAAAGUUAAACUCCUAAAGAUACCCGUGAGCAAAGUAAAGGUGCGUUUAGGUCUCUAUAAACGUUUGAAUGGCUAUAAGCCCUUUCUCUACAAUUUGAGUUUCGACGCGUGCAGAUUCCUAAACUCGCCGAAUCCCAAUCCGGUUGCUCUUUACUUUUACAGUUGGUUCAAGGACUAUUCUAACACAAACCACUCUUGUCCAUAUGACCAUGAUAUUGUGCUAGAUAAGAUGCCGUAUGAUAAUAUAAACAAUAAGAUUACCAAAAUACUGCCCUUUCCGGAGGGAAAAUAUAUGAUUGAAAUGCACUGGAUAGCCUACGACAUUGAUCGAGCUAUAACUAAGUUCUUUUGGACACUUACUUGA